AUGGCCUCCGAGGCAGCAUUCGCUUAUCAUGAGCCCUCCAUUAAGACAGUCCUCAACUACACGGGGCUUCUUCUGGUCUUGAACAUAGCAAACACCUGCCUGGACAAACUACUCUACUGUGGACUGAUUGGCCAGCUGUUCAUCGGUGUCUUAUGGGGCACACCCGGUGCGAAAUGGCUCGACCGAGAGACAGAGACAGUCAUCCAGCAAAUCGGCUAUCUGGGCUUGAUACUUCUCAUCUACGAGGGUGGUCUUUCGACCUCGAUCAAGGCCUUGAAGGCAAAUAUUCUCCUGUCAACAGCCGUUGCCUUAACAGGGGUUUGUGCCCCAAUGGGUCUAUCCUUUAUUCUCAUGGAACUUGUAUCCGCAACCCCCCUACAGGCAUUCUCAGCCGGGGCAGCACUGAGCGCAACAAGUCUAGGAACUACAUUUACCAUUCUCUCUACCACGCAAUUGACCACAACGCGGCUUGGCACCGUCACCACCAGUGCCGCAAUGCUGGACGACGUAGUCGGUCUAGUAAUGGUUCAGAUCAUCUCCAAUCUGGGUGGAAACUCCUUUGAUGUGGUGACUGUCAUCCGUCCCGUUUUCGUGUCACUGGGAUUCGCGAUUGGCCUGCUAUUAAUAUGUGCAUUUUGCUUGGAGCCUGUGCUGAAGAAAUUGAUUCAGCAUAAAGAACGGCUUCCAGACAUUAUGGGCACGGAUCAAUUCGCAUUUUUGGCGCAGACUUGUGCUCUGGUUGGGAUUGUGGCUGGUGCGACGUAUGCAGGCACUUCGAGUCUUUUUGCUGCGUAUCUUGCUGGUGUUAUUGUUUCGUGGUUUGAUGGGCUAGUUGCUGAGUCGAAGAUCCAGCCCAUCGUUUCAGUGCCAGCGGUUACUCAGGCAGAUUCUACUGCACAAGAGACCACUUCUGCCCGCAGAAAAUCUGAUAAUAUCACCAGUCAUCCUGAUCAGCCUGAGUCGCGGUCCCAGCAAGGAAGCCAUCAGCACGUGACUGGUGAAAUGGUCUUCGAAAGAUACUACAAAGAGCCUAACAACCGAAUCCUCCUCCCAUUGUUUUUUGCAUCCAUUGGAUUCGCAAUCCCCAUAACAAAAAUGUUCACCGGACAAAUCAUCUGGCGUGGCAUAAUUUACGCCAUCCUAAUGGCACUAGGCAAAAUGAUCACCGGACUCUGGCUCGUGCGAUUCACUUCAAACCCCGUGUCUGGACUUAUAUCUACCAUCAAGAAGCCAUUUAUCUACGCCCACUCCUGCACCAAGCCACGGACUCCCAAACGUCUUAAGAAGAAACCAUCCAACCCCCAAGGCCCAACACAACCUGACCAGACCCCGGCGAAUGGCUCUGCGCCUCAGCUCUCACUGCCGCCUAAGCCCAAGUCCUUGUAUCCGUCUUCUAUUCUGGGGUUGGCGAUGGUUGCAAGGGGUGAGGUUGGGUAUCUGAUUGCUUCUAUCGCUGAGAGUCAGGGGAUUUUGUCUGAUGGAUUGUCGGAGGGUCCGUCUGAGAUUUAUUUGGUGGUUAUCUGGGCCAUCUCACUAUGUACAUUGAUAGGACCCAUUUUGGUUGGAACGCUGGUCAAGCGCGUGAAGAAGCUGCAGAUGUCUAGGGAUCAAGGGGCGGAUCCGCUUGGGGUUUGGGGUAUCUAA